AUGUCAAUCAAACAUUAAUAAAUUGAUGAACCUCUUUACAUAUUAAAGGGAUUCAAAAUACCACUCCUGAAUACAUAUUUUCAAGAACCUUAUCUAUCUCCUAUAAAUGUGAAGUAAUAACUGAGUUCCAGAACUAAUAAUCAGCCAUUCUUUGAAUCCUCAACCACUAAAGCAAAUGCAACAAGCAGAGAAUUUUAUCGUUUCGAACCUUUGAAAGUAGAUAAAACAUAAUCGAACAAACAACUAUAAGAAAAAUCACCUUCUCCAAAUAAGUUGAAAUUUCUUGAGGAUAACAAAUUAAAAGGAUUAUUAAAUAUCGUUUCAGAUAGAAAUAAACAAAUUCAUCUAAAACAAUAUGAUUUUCCUGUAGGAGGCUCAACUACUAAUAAUACAAAAAAAAUAAAGUUUAACUUUAAGAAAAUAAAUAUUAAAAUGCCAUAAAAAAUACAAUUUUCAAAGGAAGAUUUAGAAAAUAACAAAAAAUUUUUAAUAAACACCCUUCGAAAAAGUUCAGUUAUUUAGAAUUAAGAAGAUAUCUAAAGACCUGUAAGAUCGAAAUCAGAUUUUGAAAAGGCAAGAUCUAAAUCGAAUUUAAAGUAAGUUAGUCCUUACAAAGACAGAUUAAUUGAGGAAUAAUAUAAGAAGAAAACUGUCAGAUUUAAUGAGUUGGUAGAAAUAAAAAUGUUUGAACGAAUAAAAUCUCAUUUAAUGAAAUAGUUAAUAUGA